GUGCCGGAGCUCUGGCGGGCGCAAGCCUGUGCUCAUAGCAGUGGCAGCUCUGCGGCGCGUGACUGCUCUCUGAGUUACUGGUGACAGGAAAACAUGCCAGUGAAUUUUGCUUCCCCCCGACCCCGAGCUGCCAGGUUAAAGCAGCAGCACAGCAGCGUUCCAGGUUUUUAGUUGGGGACUACGAGGAUGGCCAGGCGCAAAGGACAGCAAGACCUUCGGAACUUUUUUAAUAAGGUUGCCUGACCUGACGUUUCCGAAGAUGGCAGUGGCAGUCAGAAACAAGGUGCAAGGGGAGCUGGAGGGGACCCUGAGAUGGUGGACCAGCAGGAGCAAGCAGGAACUUCAAGAGCUGGAGAGGGUAUUUGAUGAUUAUUUACUAUUGGUUUUAUUUUUCAUUUAUGAAAUAAAUUGACAUGUCGAAGACACACAACCUGUCUCAAGAUGUGAUGGUGUUCUGCUGCUUUAAAACAAUCACUCUGUUAGGCCUUGCUCUAUGAGAGAUGAGUACAAAGAUUAAGUGCCACAUGGAGUUCCAUUGCCUUUGAGAUACACAGCACACAGUCCACACAAUGAAAGUGAAUUUAUGCUGUUCCUCACGCAUGCAAGGGGCAGGUAAGUGCAAAUCUGUGACCCCCACAAACAUUUUUGUCCCUUAAUAUUGGUCCCGAGGGGUCGAGUCCCGACCCCUAGUUUGGUAACCACUGAGCCCAUGACUGGCCAAAUAACAGUAUGCCCACCUCAAAAAAGUAGACUACACCACUGUGGCAACCCUAUGAGCAACAACGCUAAAUGGAAUGGAAUGGAGUUUAAACAAAACUGAUAAAAGUGAUGAUUUAAUAUAGAAUUGAAAUUCUCCAGAAAUUCUCAUUACUCCCUCUCAUUACGCCAGUCCCGACCCCCUGGUUGAGAAAUACUAGGGUGCCAGCCGAACUUAGUCCCGCCCACAACAUUGGCUACGUCAGGCUAGAGAAAUACUGCUGAACAUUUUCAGUCACUUAACUAAGCCACUAGCCUAGAAAUCUAGACGCACCCUAGCGGAUUAAUUUGCUGCCAGGGCUACUAAGCCACUGCUUUCAUUUUCAUAAAUGUUCCAAAGUCAGUAAAUUUUGGUAAAAGUUGGGAGUUUGUGCGCAAGUGCAUGUGGCUGAGCCCAAUGACUUUUUCUGAUGCAACUCCCCUUAGAGUUAUCAGCCCUCUUAGUCUUCCCUCCUCUUAAUUUCAUUUCAUACAUUGAUGUCAUGAUAUUUAUCAAUAAAACACUGCCAUCUUGUGGUAAUAUUAAAACAUAUUUUCCUACGAAGGAUAUAGUCGCAGUCUUACUUUAUUGACCAAUCUGCUACAAAUAGCACAACAACAAAAAGAUUAUUUAUGUAAUAUCUAUGUUAGCCCACUUAUUGAUCAUUCCCCUUAGUCAAGGGUUAUCAGAAGAUUUGUCAGAGAAAAGAAGCAACUUUAAAUUGAAUUAAAAACUAAACUUAACGCCAUGUUAGUAUCAUGUACAUCCUCAGAUAUUUAUAUCAGCUCCAAAGAUGGCGCGAGCGCUCUACGUGCGCGCAAGAUUUUAGCUCCGCGGGGACGCUUGAAGGGCGCGGGAAACACCUGUACUGCUCACUCAUGCAGGACUAGGCGACACUGCGAGGGCGCCGGCAGGGGACGCCGCCGACAACUCACUCGGCGCGCUUGAGGCGCUCCAUAUUGGCGAGACCUUUAGGCUAUGUGACCUAGGCCUAUGUCGUUGGAAGCAAAUUAGAUUCAGCGCCUCUAGGUGUAGCCUAGGCUACCUGCAGUGAUGAUGCAUGGCAGCUUUGACAGUAGAAAGCUGAUGACCAUGACAGGUGGUCCCCGUCUCCCCACCUGUUCUGCCUUUUCCGGGCGCCUCGCAGUGGCAGCCCAGAACGGAUCAGUCAUUCAAGAAAUGCUAUGCCGAACUGCCAGGGGCUACGUAGCGGACCCCCGGUCACCGGAUCGCCAGCAGCUGGUCGCCCGUGCUAUUUUUCACUCGGCAUAAAGUAAUGGGCAGUCAGCGUCCCCGCCAUGGUCCGGGCUCAGUCCUCACACACUCCUGGAGCACCAUGAAGUCCGCAGAGACAGACAAGGGCGGCCCGCCGCUACCGCUGCCGCUGGAUGGCUACCACUCCGACAUGGAUGAACUGGACAGCGGGAGCGAGAGCUCAGACAAGUCGACAGGCGGGGGCAGUGGAGGGGGCCGGGGAGGCUGCGCUGGGAGUCCCCUGGGAGGCCCAGCUGGAGGAAGGGGUGAAGACGGAGGAUUAGGGGCUAUUGGUGGCAGUGAAGGAAAUGGUGGUGGGGUGGCCGGACGCAGAAGGGGCAGCCGUCGGCAUGCUGGGAUCAGCAAGCAGCGUCAGGCGGCAAACGCGCGGGAACGGGACCGCACGCACAGCGUUAACACAGCCUUCGGGGCGCUGCGGACUCUCAUCCCCACCGAGCCGGCCGACCGCAAGCUGUCCAAGAUCGAGACGCUGCGUCUGGCCUCCAGCUACAUCUCGCACCUGGCCAACGUACUCCUGCUCGGGGAGGACUGCCUAGACGGACAGCCAUGUAUGAAGUACCAGAACGUCCUGCAGACCGGACCGGGCAACGCCAACAGCAGCCCCAGCCUCAGGCCCAUAUGCACAUUUUGCCUAAGCAACCAGAGGAAGCUGCUGAGAGAUGGAGAAAAGCACACAAAUGUCUGAUCGUGGCACGGGAUAUUCGGCAGCAUACCUAACCACCUACUCAUGUUUACAUGUAAAGAUAUUAGUAUUGUAAAAAAAGUGACAUUGAAAUGUAAGAAAAACAAUCUGUAUAUUUUUGUAAUGACCUCAACAAUGGCACAAAAAAGGCAGCAACACAAUAGAAAAGAUAUCACUGAAAUGCACUUUUCCAUUUACAUGAUAAUAUGUGUCUUAUGUGCAGUGUUUUGGUUAAGCAAAAGACAAGCCCAAGCCCAUGCGUAAAGUUGCACCUGGUGGGGAGGUUAUUUCUGCUGCAGAUAUAGUAAGCCUCAGCGCCCAUUUCUAAAAAAAAACAACCCCUCUCUCUCUCACCCCCUCUCUCCCUUCAUCCUACCCCUGGUUAAAGUCACAUGAUUGAAAUCUGAACUAGAACGCCACAGCAGUUGCUGUCAGUACAGUUGUGGCCCUCUGCCUUAGCGUUAGCGUGAGAGGGAGAGACAGAGAGACAGAGGGAGGAAGAGAGGGGGGAUAAUGGUGGGCGGGAAAGGGAUUAAAAGCAUAAUAAUAUCUGAGUGACUAUAAAAAAAAUAUAUUCUCAGGCCAAUUUAACUGACAACAGGAACUGUGAUACGUUCACCAGGCUUUAAUUCAUGACUGUACAUUUUUAUUACAUAACGUUAGGGAAUAGCUGUUUUUGUUUUGUUUUCUUGUGGUUAUUCCAUGUUGAAGGUGUCCAUAGUUCAGUUGAUAGACUUGUCUAAUAAGCAGCAGAGAAGACUUUUGGGUAACACUUUAUUUGGAUAGUCCGUCCAUAGAGACUUAGCAGAUCAUCUGUUAAGAUUCAGGUUCAGUAUGCAAAAAUUGUUGUUGAGCAAACUGAACAUCACCUUAAACAAAUGCAAUCCCUAACCUCAACUGUAAUCAUAAAUUGUAGUUAAAAGGGUAGAGAUAGUUAUAUUGAUAAUUUGGGCAUCUGUUGAUAGUAUGUGGGCAGACUAUCCAAGUGAAGUGCGACCAACAUUUGUAUACUAAGCACUGAUUAAAAACCUAAUCUGGCUCAGAUCUGGGCCGAUUCUCAGGCAGCAGCUGACUGCAAUGGCCACAACCUUGAGAAAUGUUACAACACCGCACAUUGUUUGCCAUUAUCAAGGGAGGGUAGGCACGAGUUAUGAGUGGCCACUGGCCACAUUCAGAUGGGACACAUGACUCACUUGCACACUGAUAAACUCAAAAGGGCACCAGGGGUGAUAGAAGUCAGACCCUACAUGCCAUCUUGAGUCACGUCCCAGACUGUAUCAGGACUGUGAACCCUGCAUGAUAACAAAACAUAUUGAGUAUUCUGCUGGUAGUGCUGAACAAAGAUAUUGUUAAACUUGAAUAUGAAGUAUUAAUGUUUAUAAUGUAUAGGGUUGAGACACCGUGAACAAAAUAAUGAACCCCAAAUACAUUUACAAAUCAAAUUAAUUGAUAGUGAAAGUGAAAUGCACUGAUAACAUGGGAAUAUUGCAAUGAUAAGUGAAUGAUAAAUAACUUAAUCCAUUAUCAUACAUGUUUACCUGUAUGUAUUCUGUAAGAUGUUACUGAAAUCAAUAAUUUUGUUAUUUUCAAAGAGCAUUGUGAGGGACAGACUAGAAGUACAUACUUUGCAGAAUGACUUCUGUACGUAACCACAGAAUCUCUAGUUUACUCUACUGAAACAUUCAGUUUAUUGUUUCAGUUCAGAGAUUCAAUCAGCACUUUUGCACUGAGCUUAAUUAGAAAAUUGUAUCUCCAAUGACAUGCUUCAUCAUGUUUACUUUCAAACCACUGCUUAUGUUCACACCUAUCUUUCAACCAUUUGCAUGAUGUUUACAGUAGUCUAGAAUGCUCAGCAAAGCACCACUUGUUAAAUGAUCAAAAAAAAUAAAAAAAAAGAUUACCUGAAGAUACCUCAAUGAGGACCCCUGAAUGUAUCAAAGCCCACUGCACUCACCUGGGAAGCAAGGCCUACCUCUUACUUCUACCUGAAUGUGGGACACUGUUCUCAGCAUACUUGAAUUGUCUGACUUUCAUCCAUAAAAAUGGUGUCCUUUGCACAAAGCAAACAAUGAUUCUGCUGCUAAAGAGUUGUGUUCUAUUAUUUUUUUUGUACAAUUGCUUUUCCUGUGGUAUUUAUUUAAAAUAAUAAAUUAUUUUUAAAAGGA